UAGUGGGAGAUACUACAGUUAUGGGUAGAUGUAGUUUAUCAGCAGUUCUUUGUUUAUCUGCUGCGAGUAUCGACGCUUUUUUGUGUCUACCAUAGUGAAUAAUAAACGUAUUUGAAACAAUGAGUUUUAAAGGGAAAGUUGUUAUUGUGACGGGGUCAAGUUCUGGCAUAGGAGCCGCGAUCGCCAUACAGUUCGCUAAAGAAGGAGCGAACGUCACAAUUGUUGGACGCAACGAAGUCAAACUAAAUAAAGUGGCCGAGCAGUGUGAAUCCUUCGGUGCCAAGUGUGUGAAGAUCAUUGCUGACGUGGCGAGCGAUGACGCAGCAAAGAGAAUCGUUACUGAAACAGUCGAGAAGCUUGGACAGCUAGACAUCUUAGUAAACAAUGCUGGCAUAGCCAAAACCGCGUUUCUUUUGGACGAAAACGCUGUGGAAACCUUUGAUUUAGUGAUGAACACUAACUUCCGCUCCGCUGUCGUCAUCACGCACCAUGCUGCUCCUCAUAUUAUACAAACUAAGGGGAACAUCAUCAACAUAUCCAGUAUAGGUGGUCUCCAGGCUACAGCCACAGCAAACUUUAUGCCGUACUGCGUGUCGAAGGCUGCGAUGAAUCACUUUACUAAAUUCACUGCGAAAGAACUAGCACCGCACGGUGUUAGGGUCAACGUGGUCAAUCCCGGCCCUGUCAAGACUGACAUAGCUGAAAAUGCUGGCUACGUGCCUCAAGCUCAAGAUUACUUCUGGCAGAAGAUGAAGGAAGGCACGGCAUUGAAGAGAGUCAGUGACCCUGAGGAGAUUGCCGACUUAGUUCUGUUCUUGGCAAGUGACAAAGCCAAGGCCGUCACUGGGUCUUCGUAUGUGUCUGAUAAUGGCAUGAUGAUAGUUUAAAAAGUGGCUAGAAACCUCACCUUUUUUAUACUUACCUACCUGUUAAUUGCUAAUGCCAACUAAAUUAUCUAGUGGUAUUCAUGUUACAUAAGAACAAUGUACCUAUCUCAUAAGUCAUUAAUAAAUUUUAUAAGUUA